AUGUCUAUGGAUUUUAACGCUUUGGCUCAGCAAUUUACUGAAUUUUACUAUAACCAAUUUGACUCUGACAGAAGUCAAUUGGGUAACUUGUACAGAGAUGAGUCCAUGUUGACUUUUGAGACCAGUCAGCUACAAGGUGCCAAGAGCAUCGUUGAAAAGUUGGUUUCUUUGCCAUUCCAAAAAGUUGCUCACAGAAUCACUACAUUGGAUGCUCAACCAGCUUCUCCAAAUGGUGACGUUCUAGUUAUGAUCACAGGUGAUUUGUUGAUUGAUGAUGAGCAAAACCCACAACGUUUCUCUCAAGUUUUCCACUUGAUACCAGAUGGUAACUCUUACUAUGUCUUCAACGACAUUUUCCGUUUGAACUACUCUGCUUAA